UUAAUAGUUUGGUAUGAGAUGUUAAAGAUUAAAUCACCAUUGUAAACAAAAAGUUGUUGCAAGACAGAACGUGAGCGAUGGAAAAUAAUUAAGCCAUUUUGAGAAAAGUUUUAUGAUUUAAAUAAAAAUGAAUAUUCCGACAGGCUAGAAGUAACUGGUGGAGAUAUUAUUGUUGGUUUAUGUAUAUAGAGGAGACUAAAAGCUGUAGAGAUGUUGGUAGAGAGGUACCGCCCCAUACUGUACCUGCAGUAUUUACUACUGUUUGUGGAUCUCUUCAUGAAUUCAUUCAUUGAACUCCUCCGAUUUGAAAACGUCAUACUUCUAGUUCUUCUUGUGAUCCAGGAUGUGUGUAUAUUGUUUGCUGCCAUCGUUGUCUUCCUGCUGUUCUUCAACACGUUUAUAUUUCAAGCAGGUCUCGUUAACAUCCUCGUUAACAAGUUCAAAGUGCCAAUCACUGUCAUCUUUGUAUACUUUGCUCUCUGUGUAGGACUUCAUGUUUGGUACAUGACUUCAAGGUGGGAUGAUCCAGAUGCAUAUAUAUGGGAUAAUGAUGGUCUCAGGGCUUUAUUCAUUAUUCAAAGAACAGCGGCAGUGCUUUAUUACUACUUCUAUAAACGGACAUGUUUGAAGUUAGGAGAUCCGAGGUUCUAUCAGGACUCAGACUGGAUAAAGAAAGAGUUUGAAAAGAGACGAUAGUGUUAUUAGUGUAGGAUAAGAAAUUUACAACAAUAGACAGAGAUUUUCAGUAGCAGAUUCAAAUUUGGAAUUGUAACACAAUUUUACUCUUGUAAAAUGCCCUCAAUUACUUGAAAAGGAAGCAGUACUAUUUUAUCAGCAUUAAACAACUGCAAGUCAAGCGUUUCACAUUGAUUCCAGAUGUCAUGUUGCUGAGAAAGGGCAAAAAUGUAUGCCAGAGAACUUCAGACAUUUUCAAAAGGUUUAAAAGAAUUAAAUAAAUAGUUUGCUAAAUAAAUAAAUGUCUGACCACUUAUUUACGCAAAAUAUCUCUGUUUCUGCUUCAAAAUACUUUGCUGCCAAAUGCAGAAGCUAUUGUCAAUGAGUUGUUGUAGAAUUUUAUAUUUUACAUAGUUUAAAUAGAAUUCUUUGUCUUGGAUCAUUGACAUACCUGAAAAUCUUUUGCUUUUUUGAUCAAUUAUAAUUCCUCAAUGUUGUUGACAUUAAAGUUGAACUAAGAUCUGAUUGGGAAUCUCUACUAAUACUGUACACUUUUACAAUGAAUUCUGUACUCUUUCAUGUAAGUGAAAAUACCAUCUUUCCUUUGAAAGCUUAAUUUAAAUACCAUAUCAUAAAAAGUCUUUUAGUUUCUAACCAUUAUAAUGAGUAAAUUUUAUUUUGUGUUUAGUUUGCCAUGUGUCUGUGAUAGUAUAUUUUCCGUCCUCUCACCUUAACAGAACAUUUACACAUUGCGCAUGUGUAUAGAACUUGUGUUAUAAAUUUGUAAUAUAUGCACAAGAGUGUAGUACUUGAAUAUUAAGGAUUUUUUUUUUCAAUCCAUACAGGUUAUUUCCUUUUUACUUUCAAAUUUGAAAUAUUUAUGAAAUCAGCAUGCAUAUAUUUUGUAUGCUUUAGAAUAACAGAAUAGAAAAAAAGCAUGUUUUUAUUUUUUGAAAAGCUUUAAUGCUAAUUCCAUAGCAGCUAAUGUAGCACUAGAGUCUGAAGUACUCUGAUCUCAAAGGUCUUUUUGUUUAGUUCUUUAUUGUAUUUCAAUUGUUUUUACAAGGCUAACAGAAUUAAAUGCCAUCAUAUCAAAUUGUUGUGACGGCUUUUCUCGGAUUGUGAAUUUUGGAGUCAACCAUAAAAUUAGUUCCAAUAUGUUCAUGACUAUUCAUUUGCAGUUCAGGGUUGUUUUUUUUACUUUUAAGGACUCUAAUUUUUUUGUAGGUUCUUGUAUUAAUUCACACUGUACACUGCCUUGAAACAAGGUUUCAGCAAGAACUGGGCCUAAGAUUAUAAAAUUGAGUAUGGACCAGUUAAAAAUAUCAACUGAUUAGUUGCUUCCAUGCACAAAAUACAACUUGACUGGAAAGGUUUUAUAUUCUGGGACUGGACUUCAACCUCAGUUUUACAACAGUUGCUUGCAAACACCUCACUGUAAGUCACUACCAGUUAGGUUUCAUGUAUUGUGAAAUGUCUGUUCUCUAAGUUUGACCUUUGUACAUGUGUAUUUUCUGUAAAUAUAGAAGUUUGGGUAUAAUAAAUUGUGUAUGUUAGAAUAUCUAUGUAAUAAGAUUUUAGUAAUUUAUUAUAAAAGACUAAAUAUA